AUGGCCGAUUCGCCGAACCCUAGCUCCGGGGACCUCCCCUCGCCCGCCGGGAGCUCGCCCGACAAGCCGUACCCCGCGGAUCGACGCGUCGCGGCGCUCGCCGGCGCGGGCGCGAGGUACAAGGCCAUGUCCCCCGCGCGGCUGCCGAUCUCGCGCGAGCCCUGCCUCACCAUCCCCGCCGGCUUCAGCCCCUCCGCCCUCCUCGACUCCCCCGUGCUCCUCACCAACUUCAAGGUGACUGCCGCCUCCCUGUACUGUACCUCUCGCCUCUCGCCUGCUGUUACUACUUGUUACCGCGGGAUCUGCGGGCCGUACGGCGUCCGUGUCAUGCUGAGAAAAAUAUUUAUUAAGGUGGCAUUUAUUUCAGAGGGCGAGGUUGAACCUUCACCAACAACUGGUAGUCUGAGCAUGGCUGCAAUUAUGCACAAGAGUGCUCAUCCAGACAUGCCUUCGCCACGGGAUAAGUCCAUUCGAGCCCAUGAAGAUGGGGGUUCUAGGGAUUUUGAAUUCAAGCCUCAUCUGAAUUCGUCUUCUCAAUCAGUGGCUCCUGCUAUGAGUGAUCUAAAAAAACACGAGCAUUCUAUGCAAAAUCAGAGUAUGAAUCCCAGCUCAUCAUCUAGCAAUAUGGUGAAUGAAAACAGACCUCCCUGUUCACGCGAGUCAAGUCUUACAGUGAAUGUAAGUGCUCCGAACCAACCUGUUGGAAUGGUUGGUUUGACUGACAGCAUGCCUGCUGAAGUUGGUACUUCUGAGCCGCAGCAGAUGAAUAGUUCUGACAAUGCCAUGCAAGAGCCGCAGUCUGAAAAUGUUGCUGACAAGUCAGCAGAUGAUGGCUACAACUGGCGCAAAUAUGGGCAGAAGCAUGUCAAGGGAAGUGAAAACCCUAGAAGUUAUUACAAGUGCACACAUCCUAAUUGUGAAGUAAAAAAGCUAUUGGAGCGUGCGGUUGAUGGUCUGAUCACGGAAGUUGUCUAUAAGGGGCGCCAUAAUCAUCCUAAGCCCCAGCCUAAUAGGAGGUUAGCUGGUGGUGCAGUUCCUUUGAACCAGGGUGAAGAACGAUAUGAUGGUGCGGCAGCUGCUGAUGAUAAAUCUUCCAAUGCUCUUAGCAACCUUGCUAAUGCGGUAAAUUCGCCUGGCAUGGUUGAGCCUGUUCCAGUUUCAGUUAGUGAUGAUGACAUAGAUGCUGGAGGUGGAAGAUCCUACCCUGGGGAUGAUGGUACUGAGGAGGAGGAUUUAGAGUCAAAACGCAGGAAAAUGGAGUCUGCUGGUAUUGAUGCUGCUCUGAUGGGUAAACCUAACCGUGAGCCCCGUGUUGUCGUUCAAACUGUAAGUGAGGUUGACAUCUUGGAUGAUGGGUAUCGUUGGCGGAAAUAUGGACAGAAAGUUGUCAAAGGAAACCCCAAUCCACGGAGUUACUACAAAUGCACAAGCACAGGAUGCCCUGUGAGGAAGCAUGUUGAGAGAGCAUCGCAUGAUCCUAAAUCAGUGAUAACAACGUAUGAAGGAAAACAUAACCAUGAAGUCCCUGCUGCGAGGAAUGCAAUCCAUGAGAUGUCCGCGCCUCCCAUGAAGAAUGUCGUGCAUCAGAUUAACAGCAAUAUGCCCAGCAGCAUUGGCGGCAUGAUGCGAGCAUGUGAAGUCAGGAACUUCAGCAACCAAUAUUCUCAAGCCGCUGAAACCGACAAUGUCAGUCUUGACCUUGGUGUUGGGAUCAGCCCGAACCACAGCGACGCCACAAACCAAAUGCAGUCUACAGGUCCUGAUCAGAUGCAGUAUCAAAUGCAACCGAUGGCUUCGAUGUAUAGCAACAUGAGACAUCCAUCAAUGGCAAUGCCAACGGUACAAGGGAACUCUGCUGGCCGCAUGUAUGGUUCCAGAGAAGAUAAAGCAAGAUUCUUAAUUGUGUAUCGGUUACAAGUCAGUUCCAGCCGGAGGCAAGUUUACUUUGUGCUACUCAAUUACAAGUUCCAACCCUACUCCAAAAAGGGCAUGAACAACCAGAAGUGCAUCAAGAAGCAUGGGUGGUCGAAACCUCCUGAGAGUUAUGUUAAAUUGAAUAUUGUUGCUGCCUUGAGCCUUCAGGAGGAGAUUGGUGCUACUGGAGUACUGAUCAGAGAUGAUCGUGGGCAUUUUGUUUUGCGGCGAGUAACAGUAGAAUAG